AUGUUGCAUGGCAGUGAUAGCGGCAUACCACUUCUCAGUCAUUCCAUCGAGUUGCUCGCCAGUCGGCGGCAGAGCGUAUACCCUUUAUCCAGUGCAGAAAUAAUCAGUGAAAUUCUCACGAGUGGUGCCGAUCCGAACCAGCCCUACCAAGGGCUGAAUGGAAAGGAGCAGACACCCUGGCUGGUUGUUCUGGAUUAUCUCCGAGAAGCAGAUCGUCGUCGAUGGAUUGAGUACUACGACACUAGUGAACAUGGCACUUCUCGUCUGGCGGUGAUUAUAUCGCUGUUCAUUCAGCACGGUGCCGACCCGAAUGGACUGCUUGUUGAGACCAAAUUUGAUCCGUCGGCUUCUGCCCUGGAGAUAAUCACUGCCAUCUACCGGAAAUACGCCGCUCCAGAAUUUGGUCGACUUCGCCAGGUAUUGAUAGAAAAAGGAGCCUUGGAGCGAGAAGGACAUGGCAUUCUGUAUCAAGUGUAUGGUACGUAG